CAAGUUGUCAGUUUGUAGUGAAGUAAUUUUAUGACCUUAACGGUACAUGAUGUACCCACACGUAUCAAGGCUAAAAUUGGGUAUAGCCAUUAUUAGGAAUUCUUUUUUUUUUGGAGCUCAUUCAACCCAUGUAAAAUAUUGAAAUCAACCAAUGUAGUUUCGUUUUAGAUGAACAUGCCAAUCCUCGUGCUCUAACUGCAUAUGAAUCGCGUUUCAGGCUUUUGAAUUUUUGUGCCCCCAUCCUUUGCGUCCGUCCCUAAUAACGUGCAGAAGCAUCCAUCCAUCCAUCCAUUUUCUGAGCCGCUUCUCCUCACUAGGGUCGCGGGCGUGCUGGAGCCUAUCCCAGCUGUCAUCGGGCAGGAGGCGGGGUACACCCUGAACUGGUUGCCAGCCAAUCGCAGGGCACAUAGAAACUAACAACCAUUCGCACUCACAGUCAUGCCUACGGGCAAUUUAGAGUCUCCAAUUCAUGCAUGUUUUUGGGAUGUGGGAGGAAACCGGAGUGCCCGGAGAAAACCCACGCAGGCACGGGGAGAACAUGCAAACUCCACACAGGCGGGGACGGGGAUUGAACCCCGCACCUCAGAACUGUGAGGCUGAUGCUCUAACCAGUCGGCCACCGUGCAUUUCUAAUCAAUUGAUCCUCCAUUGCUGCACUUCUAGUUCCUCUCCACCAGUCGGCGUUAUAGCGAGCGACACCGACGGCGUGGAGUCACUCCGGUGGUCUCGGGGAAGAACAUGCCUGAGUGCAGCUGCGGCAGCACCUCUGGAGGUGAUGCGCGAGGAGACGCGGUGCAGCAGCAGCAGCAGCAGCAGCCGGUGAGCAUGCGGGAGAGAUGGAGACAUAAUACUCCAACAACGUCAGACAACCACCGAGAGGACGGAGCGGAGAGAGAGUGAAGGGGAGACCAGCAACCAGACCGGGGAUUAUAGGUGAUUGGACCCGUGCAGAAAAUCCUCAUCCCUCAGGGAAAGCGUCUGAGCGGCCAAAACAGCUGUGAAGGAUGGAGCAGCAGCAAUCAGGUGUUUUCUUUGUGUCUUCUAACAAUUAAAGCUGCGGAAAGGGUUUCAGGGUUUUGAUGAGGUCGCUGCCUGACGAAGAGAAUGGGAAACGGUGAUGUUUGCAAGUGUGGAGAGUGCGGGGUGGCCCUGGAGCGAAUUCUGUGCACAGUUACUGAGCCGCACAACAGGGCCAUUUUGCGGCCAAAUCAGCUCCCCCGUUGGUGCAUGAUGUCCGCCAAGAUGUAAAAGAGUUGCAGCCUCAUUGAGCAGAUGUUUGAUUAUGAAAGUGAUUCCUUGGAGGGGCAAAGAGCUUAUUUGUGUGAGUUGCUGAGUCUCACCUGGCGUUACAAGCUGUUCUUCCAAGGUUUGAUGUAAUGUUGAAUUUCGUGGUGCGGUUUCAUUUGUUGUUGUUUUUGUGUGUGUGCAUGGUUUCAGCAGCAGAGAAAAUGAACAGGAUGUCAGCCUGCAUGACGUGGCUUCUCCUUACCCUCCUUCUGUUUGGAUGCCAAAAUGGAGGCUGUAAGUCCUCCCCGGAGGCUCCAAAGGAGGCGGCCACGAGCGACAACAGCACAGUGUUCACCAGGAUCCUGGAUGGGCUUCUUGAUGGUUAUGACAACAGGCUGCGGCCUGGCCUUGGAGAGAACGUCACAGAGAUCAAGACGGAUAUUUUUGUCACAAGCUUUGGCCCGGUUUCUGACACAGAAAUGGAGUACACCAUUGAUGUGUUCUUCCGUCAAACUUGGAAGGACGAGCGCCUGUGCUUCAAAGGGCCGAUGGAAAAGUUGUCCUUGAACAACCUGCUGGCCAGCAACAUUUGGACACCUGACACGUUCUUCCUCAAUGGCAAGAAGUCCAUUGCUCACAACAUGACCACACCAAACAAGCUGCUGAGGCUCAUGGAUGAUGGCACUCUGCUUUACACUAUGAGACUGACAAUAUCAGCCGAAUGUCCCAUGCAACUGGAGGAUUUCCCCAUGGACGCCCACGCCUGUCCGCUGAAGUUUGGCAGCUAUGCCUAUCCAGUGUCUGAGGUGGUUUAUACGUGGACUCAGGAUGCUUCCAAGUCCGUAGUGGUGGCAGAUGAUGGGUCCAGACUCAACCAGUACCUUCUGAUUGGACUAACCGCUGGCACGGAGGACAUACACACAAGCAGAGGUCAGUAUACAGUGAUGAUGGCUCACUUCUACCUGAAAAGGAAGAUUGGAUAUUUUGUCAUCCAGACAUAUAUGCCAUGUUUCAUGACUGUAAUCCUGUCCCAGGUGUCAUUUUGGCUAAAUAGAGAAUCUGUUCCUGCACGGACAGUUUUUGGGGUGACCACAGUGCUGACAAUGACCACCCUCAGCAUCAGCGCCAGAAACUCCCUCCCUAAAGUGGCUUACGCUACAGCAAUGGACUGGUUCAUUGCCGUCUGUUACGCUUUUGUCUUCUCAGCCCUCAUCGAAUUUGCAACGGUGAACUAUUUCACCAAGAGGAGCUGGGCAUGGGAUGGCAAAAAAGCUCUGGAAGCACAGCACCCAAAGAAACGAGACCCCAUGGUGCUGUCGAAAAAGUCCAACAACGUUUGCUCAGCAGCUGUCCACUAUACGCCCAACCUCACGAAGGAUAUCUCAAUUGCCACCAUCUCCAACACAUCAGUGCAGCUCCGAGCCUCUGAAGCAAAGAUGGUGGACCCCAAGAAGACCUACAACAGUGUCAGCAAGAUCGAUAAAAUGGCCCGGAUAGUGUUUCCUGUUCUUUUUGGAACCUUCAACCUUGUCUACUGGGCCACAUAUCUGAACAGGGAACCAGUGAUUAAGGGAGCUGUUGCCUCAACCUAGUCUUAUUUUGGAACAUUUUACAUUUUUUGACAGAAGUUCAUCCUAAAAGGACAAACAACUCACAUAAAUGCUUGAAAAACUACAUUUCAAGUGCUGUUGAAGGCUGCAGUGGAAUCCUGUCCUAUUUUUGAUGACCUAAAGUGCUGCUUGAUGGCACCGUAAACCAGAGUUUACGGUGCUCUUCUUUUUGCUCAUCCAUCCUGCUGCGGCUCGCAUGAUGCACCCCUCAAAAGACAGCAGAGAACACAAUGUAGAUGCCAAUUACAGCUUACAGCACAAGAGCACACCAUUGCUCUUACUUGACAAAGGUUUCUAUAUUCAUUAUAGGUAUUUGCAACUGAGCAUCAUAUUGUUGUUGCCUUAGAUUUAAUUGCCUGGGAUGCUCUGCGCAUAUACUACUGGGAAACUGCCAUACAACAUUGCAUUUUACUAAAAUCCCUUGGACCUUACAUGUUGAUAAUUUGCUUUCGUGUUGCUUUUUCAUUUGCUUUUAAAGUAAACUGUUUUUUUUUGUAUUGGAGUGGGCACUGUCAUGCUUGUGCAUCUUGCAUAGUCACGCCUUCCGCUCCAUCUGGUUAUCCAAUGGCCACAUUGCU